ACCGUGCGAGAUGAGGAGGCAAAUCGAUCUUUGCUUGACUUCUGGCCACUGGUCAGUCUUAUAUCACCAAAGAUGGAACAGACUUGCCUUGGAAACAUGAGAAUUCUUGUUUGCUUGACGCUACAUCUUGUUAGCCAAUGUUUCCUCCGCAUAAUUGGCUCACAUUGUGCUGAGACGAAGUUAGCUGCAACUGAAUAUGUUAGUGAGGCACAUCAGGCAGAAGGAGGAACCCACAACUCUCGAUGCAGCCUUGUCAAUACCAUUGUCUUCAAAGAGGACGGAAGCGUGUGUCUCGCAGCGGGUGUUCUCAUUAUCGACGCGAGCAGAUGACGGUCCAUGGGCAACGUCGUGCUCGUGGAUGAUAUCAUCGUCCUGGAAAGAAGCAGCAGUAGUAGUCUCUCUGUAGACUUUGGCUUUGCGCUUCUACACUGUCACCGCUUCAUCAACCACCUUCGUGUGGAGCUGGCGGAUAGUCAAGGUGAUUCAAUGUCCAUGAGCCCAUUCCAGCACAGGAAAAGCCUUUUCCAACUUGUGAAUGACCGAUUGGAGCUUCCCAACGUUGCGGUGACGCCAUGUGACCAUCCUGCCUUGCGCAUCGACCAGAAUCUGGUGAGUGUCCAUCAUGUACCGUGCAUGUGCAGUGAUGGUGUUCCAGGUGGCGUCGCGCAAUGGCGUUCGUGGCCAGAAUCCCAUGGCGAGUCGAAGAGUCUUUGUCGAGGGACUAUCGAAUCCAGAGAAGCUAUGCGACGUGCGCUUGGAUCUUAAUGGUAUAUCGAUAUGCUCAAUAGAUCCUGCGAGCCUGUUGUAGUCGUCCAGACUGUCUGUGGGAGACUCCUCUUCUUAUCUGGGUCAGUCGAAGGUAUCGCGCUUGCAGCGUGCACAGCUCACGCGAGCAGAGGACGACAUGUCUUGAGGAAAGUGAUCGAGCACCUUCAGAUGCCACAGGCUCGAGUGUGAGAGCUCAAGGACUGUGAGGUGUUGUCUACGAGCAGCAAGACGGUGCAGAGCAGAUGCGUGUGCUGGUCAUCCCAUCUCGUCCUGAAGUGACAAG